GUCGGCUCUGUGGGCAGUCAGCUCUGGACAACGUCAAGUCAACAGCAGUGGAAUUGUUGCACAGAAGAUAUUUUAAAGAUACUUCUGUUCUUUAAGGAAAAAUGGAUUUCAUCUAUGACGACAAUAACAGUUACUAUUACGAUAAUGCCACUAUUCAAGAGGAGUCAGUUGUACAGCAUCAAUCAAAGUGUUUAAAAGAAGUCCCGUGUUUGAUUUUGCUGGUGGUCAGUGUGGUCAUUUGUCUGCUGGGCUUCUGCGGGAAUGCUUUGGUCAUCUGGAUCUCUGGCUUCAAGAUGAGGAAGACAGUCAACACCACCUGGUACCUGAGCCUUGCAAUCUCUGACUUUGUCUUCUGUGUUUUUCUUCCGUUCACCAUCACCGACAUGGCAAUGGAGGAGUGGAUCUUUGGACGUUUCAUGUGCAAAUUUGCCUCCUCAGUUAUGUUCCUCAACAUGUUCAGCAGUAUUUUCCUCCUGGUCAUCAUCAGUGUUGACCGCUGUGUGUCAGUCAUGUUUCCAGUCUGGUCCCAGAACCACCGCACUGUGAGAAAGGCAUCCAUUGUUGUUGUAAUAGCCUGGGUUCUCGCCAUCGCACUGAGUCUUCCCUCUAUGAUCUUUCGGGAUAUUGGUAAUCAUAUGGGCAGGACCUUUUGCUAUAACAAAUACAAUUCAGACCAGCACAGUCACAUAACUGUUGCAUUUAGCCGAUUCCUAGCAGGAUUUAUUGCCCCUUUCAUCAUCAUCAUCAUCUGCUACUCUGUCAUCAUCCUCAAACUUCGCACCAACAGGAUGACCAAAUCCUCAAAGCCUUUCAAAGUCAUGACUGCGCUCGUCGCUGCUUUCUUCCUCUGCUGGCUGCCGUACCAUGUGUUCAUCCUGCUUGAGUUAUACCACCAGUUCGACAGUGACACUUACAUACUAAAUAUUGGACUAAAAGUAGGCACAUCUAUAGUUGCAGCAAACAGCUUCCUCAACCCAGUGUUGUAUGUUUUCAUGGGCAACGAUUUCAAGCAGAAGUUCAAGAGUUCUGUGCUCUCAAAGAUGGAGAAUGCGAUGGCCGAUGAAGGCCGCACCAUAAGCCGAUACCUGUCCAGGUCCAGCUCCAUGGACCACAGAGCGUCUACUCACAUCUAGAGGUCUCAUACGUAUUUGCUCAUUUGCAAACAAAAUAGUUAAUUACCACAAGAUUUGAAAUAUGUUUUUGCUCUCACAAUUAAUGGGUGAAAUACGUAGAAAUUCACUGAACUAUGCACAAUUUGUCCUGUUUUUAAGUGUAAGUUCACAGACACAUCACAUAGUUGAAGAAUUGUUUGUUUCCGUUGAUUAAUGAAAUCUGAAAAGUGUGAACUUAGCCCAUGUUGUUUUUCAGGAUGGAGGAUAUCAAUUUCACUCAGCAGGAGGAGCAGAAACUGUGGAAAUGAAUGCAUAAAAAUGAUUAUGAUUGAAUAACAAUCACUUUCAGUAGUAAAAUUACACUCCAGGGGUCUGUCUUAAACAGAAUAAUUUGCAAGUGUUCAUAAUCACAAAUGUUUGCAGAUAUAUAUGUCACAAAUAUUAAUCGCUUGUAAAUUGCAGAUAAAACUGUGAGCCAUGCAGCACUUUCACAUGUUCAGUUAUGGGUUACACGUAUGUACGUUGUUUUAAUUAGUCAAAUACAUCAAAGUUGAUUUCAGCCUAUAUGAUGCAGAUUUGGCAAAAAGGGUUCCAAGUUGUGGCAGUGAGUUUAUGCAUUAUUGUUUUCACUCUCUGUUGCAUUUGAAAUAAUUUGGUAACCUGAGUGAGGUUUCCUUGACCUCUGAACCAAAAUUAUAAACACAAGGCCACUGCACAUGGGAAACACUCACUGAAGGGAAAAGAGCUAAGAAUUGAUAACUGGUAUGUCUGUUUCUUACAUAAAACCUCAAUGACCUUACACCCAAAAAGGGAUGUCCUGUGGUUGUACUUACUGACACCAUAGCAUGACAUUUUUGUGUGGCAAACCGACCCAAUUAUAAUGUGUGAAUAGGCGGAGGUCUGUCUUUGAGAUGUGUGACAGUUUUCAUACAGAGAAAAGCUUCUGCUGAUGGAUUAAAAACAGGAAAAAAAGAUCUAAAUUAAUUAGAGAUGUAGAUAUAUAGACACACCACACACCCAGCUUGUUGAAUUAACCAGUUUUUUUGGUUUUAUUUGGUCAUUUCAUGUAUGACAACUGAACAAUGACUGUGUUCUGUGCAAUAGAUGUUUCAAUGUGUUUUUCUCUCUCAGACUUUUUUUUCUGAAAUAAAGAUGUCACUUUUACACUAAGCUCUUUGA